UCUUCACUUCACCACCUUUCACCACGUCUAACUUGCUCACCACAAUAGCGCGCCAAUUGGUCUGAGCUCGCACACUCUCGUUUAAAAGAAGCCCAUUCCCACAGUCACCUCUGACCUUUUCCACCACACUCCAACUACCUCAUAUUGCACCCACAACACACUCUUUUGGCCGCAUACGCGCUUGGAACGUAUUCAGCUACGCAUACUUAGCUCGAUUCAACAAGAUGUCUCACAAGAACGAGAACCCCGCUGAAGCUGCUGAGAUCGCUACCGAAGUCGCUACCGAAGUCACUGCCGGAGUCACUACCGAAGACGCCGCUGAAGUCGCCGCUGAAGUCGCUGCAGAGGCCACUACUGCAGUUCAGUAUGACGAGUGGCAAGUGAAAAUCUUGGCGGACAUGGCUGGAUUGGUCCUCCAAGAUGUUGUCUUCAAGCCUGUGGAGACCCGCAACGACACGGUCGGAUGUCCCUUUCUACCCAACGAGAUCAUUGGUGAGAUCGGUCGACAUGUCACGAACGCCGCUGACUUCGGCAACCUGCGUCUUGUCAACCAGCGCUUCAACGGUGCACUGAACACUGCCUUCGUCAAGAACUUCGGCAAUGGUCGAGUGAUCUAUCCAAGGUAUGAUUCAUUCAAGAAUUUCUUUGCUUUUCUGGCGAAUGUCAACGUAACUAGCCAUUACGUUGAACAUAUUGUUUUGGUUGCGGAGGGACUCAAGGAGAAUGUCUAUGGGUACGACUGGGCUUGGGAGGACUUGGUGAAUUUCGGCGACAUCGAAGUCAACAGUGAGGAUAUUGCCUACACCAACGCUGCCAAUCACGCACACUUCAACGCCGUGAUGGCCAACGAUCCGUUUCUACAUAGCGGCGGCUACCGGUCGCUUCUCGGUUUGUUGCUCACUCGUCUUCCCAACCUUCGCACCAUCAAGGUCCGCAAGAUGACUCCCGGCGAGCACAGCCCCGGCUGGAAGGGUCCCUACCUGCUCAAGCAACUCUCCUUCUACACGCCUACUCUCAACACGAACCCCAUCUACUACGGCGACUGGCAGUACGACACCGUCCACCGCCGCGUCACGGUUCACAAGGAUGAGUUCGGUGACGACAUCGCCGAACCCAAUGCCGGUCCUCAGGCGUCGUGCGUUAACGAUAUCGAAGCUGCCAUCACCGCAACCGGUCACGGUGCUCGCGUCGUCUUCCUUCCCUCGGUCUAGACGGCUUCACAUACCUCUUCACACAUCUCGACACGUUGGCUCUUCGCUUGCUCGAAGACCUUGAGUUGCAGGAGUGUCUGAACACACGAUAUUGAUGCUUUUCUUGCUUUCUAGCAUCAGCUGAUGCACAUAAUCUCAUCCGUCUACUAUCGGAUCUGCGACGGAGGAGAUAAAUGCGGGAGGAGUAAUGGUUUGCUUGCUUUGGGGGUUACACGUGUAGGAUAUCUCGAAUGGGUUGAUACUUCAUCUGGAGAGUUGCUUCCUGAG